AUGCUGGUGAAACUGGUGUGGCAUUAUGGGAAAAGCUCUUUAAAGCGCGGAGAGCUUGAACGCGUAGUUCAUUUCCUCUCAGGACUGAAAGAGAGACUGAACAGAAUGAGCGGCUCCAGCCUUCUGUGUUUCUGUGUUUUACUCCAGUGUGUGUCCUCCGCUGUGAUCCCAACAGGAGUCAGGAGAAACGACAGUCCGAUUAUAGGUGUUCUCGCUCAGGAGGUGAAGACACCAACACCUGGCAAAAAUGCUUACAUCGCUGCCUCCUAUGUUAAAUAUCUCGAGUCUGCAGGAGCGAGAGUUGUUCCAGUCAUGAUCAAUAAGUCUGAGGAGGAGUAUACCCAGCUGUUUAAAUCCAUAAGUGGAAUUCUUUUUCCAGGAGGUAGUGCCAGUAUUGAAUCCUCUGGCUAUGCCAAAGCAGCAGGUAUAUUCUACAGACUCGCUCUGGAGGCAAACUCUAAAGGUGAUUAUUUUCCAGUAUGGGGAACGUGCCUGGGCUUUGAAAAGCUAAUGCUAUUGACUAGUGAGAAGAAACUACUCUCCCGUACCAACACGUCUGGAGUAGCACUUCCACUGAGCUUCACCUCAGAGUUAAAUAAGAGUAGAAUGUUUAAGGACUUUCCUGCGCACCUGAUGACCUCACUGGCAAAUGAGCCGCUUACAGAGAAUUCUCACAAGUGGAGCAUCACCACCAAGAGUUUUAAAGGUAAUGAGAAGCUGAAAAAGUUCUACCGAAUUCUGAGCACCAACACAGACGGACAGAAGGAGUUUGUGUCCACAGUGGAGGCUUAUGACUACCCAGUCUAUGGAACACAGUGGCACCCAGAGAAGAACGCCUUUGAGUGGACUCGUCCAUACAUUCCUCACACACCCUCUGCUAUCAAAACCACUUUCUAUAUGGCUGACUUUUUCGUUAAUGAAGCAAAGAAGAGUCUUCAUAGUUUUAGCAGCCAAGAAGAGGAGCAGAACGCUUUGAUUUACAACUACAGUCCAUCAUACACUGGAAAGACGUCUAUAUUUGAACAAAUCUAUUAUUUUGAAUAGUUGAUCGGAACCCUGGAAUGAUUUAAAACUCUCUGUUUGAACUGAGAUAGAGAUUUUGAAUUAAAAAAAUUGGAGUCAA